ACGGUGAAUUUAGUUUUGUAGUUUACUACAAAGCUAAGUUCACAUGUUCGAAUCUCUAUUCGUACAAAAAUUGAUUUUGUGUUUUUCGAUAGUUUUAGUUAGAAUACUAUAAUGGAAUAUUCUUCCGCUUGUAUUCUGACAGAAUAAAGCUAUAAAACAAAACAAUUAAAGAAGGAAGUGUUUUUGCGAGAAAUACACCAAGUAAUAAAAGUAAUUCUAAACCAACAAAGAGUAAUGACAAACAAAGCUGGACUCCGAAAAUAAAAGCAAAAAGUAAAAAGAUACGAAAUCUGUGGGAAACAGAUAUAGAGUACGACAAUAAAAUGGAUAAAUCAAAAAAAGAAACAGUAAACUAUGGAGGUCUGUGGGUUGAUCAUCAUGAUGAAUCAGAACCCGAUAGAAGCAGGAUAACCUCGAGUCAUAAACCUGGUAAGGAACGUGCAUUUCCUCCAGAUACAAUGACCCUAGAUCGGGUUGACGGGAUAUUACCGUCUCCAACAUCACAAGCAAUAGCGCACAUUAUCACUACAGAUAAACGAAUAGCCCAACCACAGCAAGGAUCAGCGAUAGAUUUAACGCUAGAAAGUAUAUACAGAGAGACUAGUCCAGAGGUGCAAGAGAGGAGCUACUAUACUAAUAUCAGUAAGAAAAAAAUAGAUGGAGCGACUGUAGAAAACAAUAUAAAUUGUAUUCACUUAGCGGUAGUAACUGGAGAAACUAGAUCAGGCAUACAAAUAAAUUAUAAUAGCGAAAAAGACAAGACAGCAUUCCAAAGUAGUAGAGAAACGGCAAGAUUAGAAAAAGCUGCUACACAAACUACACUGUUCGUAUAUAAAAAAAAUAAUAAACCAAGAGAGGAUUAUAAAUAUCAACAGCCAGGUGUAGUAGCAAAAAACAAAAAACCAGUAUGCGAGAAUAAAGGAAUUAGUACUAGAAAACUGCAAACCUUAACAACAGAGCAAUAUAAUAACCACAAAGAUAGGGGAGCAAAAAUAGAAAUGAAUGCAAAUAAACAUAAAGUAACGAGAUCAGAAAAUAGAAACAUAUACUAUCUCAGAAAUAAAAAGCCGGAGAAAUCAAUGGAUGUCUAACAAAAGAUAUUUAGAGAACAUAGCGUCCAUGACAGGAUAGGCUCAACAAAGACAACCUCCCAAACAGCGAGCGUUUACAUAUCAGAAAUAUCCGCCACAAAUUAACUAUUUUGUAAAUAAUAAUAACUCGUAUCAACAAUCUCAUCCGCAUUUUUUCCGCUAGCAACAACCCUUUAGGAGAAAUAGUCAACAGAUAAACAAUAAUACGACAGGACAGAAUUACAUGAAAGAUGUAUUUCCGCAUUGAAAAUGCGGAAAGAAGACCGAUUCCACUAAACAGUGUGAACCACAAGACAUGAUGCUAGGCUAUGAGAUGAUAGCGCAACAAUUUCACCAAGAUCAGCAGCAGAGAUACAUGUCUAAUCUAAAGAAAGACACACCGGAUUAUAAAAGCAAAAGCAACCUAGACUCCCAAUAUACAUACAAGAAAAGAAAUUAACAGAAACAAGGAUCUCAAUAGGAAUAGGAAGACGACUACAUAUAUGUAGAACUAGUAAGAAGUUUUGAUUACGCAAAAAAACAGACGAAAAAAAGCGUCUUUGGGAAACAUAUUUAGAUUUCGCUAAUCAAACGGAGUCCUUAUGGCCGCGAGAAAUUUUGAGAUUUAAAAAACUAAAAAAUCAGAAACAUAAAAAAAGCAUAUAUCCAAAGCAAAAAGAAGAAUUUCUGAAUCAGGAAGCUGAACGAGACCAAUAUCCAUCUAGAAUGAUGGGAAAAGUACUAUCCAUCGCAAAAUGCAAGACCCAUGGGAAUUAUGCAAGUCCCGGCUCUCUAGUUAUCGUCGUUCGGGCAGGGCUCGCUUUCCCCGAGCACGUGUCUAUCUCCGAGCAGACAUCUCUGGGAAUCUCAAAAUACAUGGACUAUAGGUCAUCUAUUACGCUGAGCAUAGUGGCAACAUUUGUUUUUGUGUAGAAAUGAAUAUAACUUCGUCAGAGGCAUUGUUGUAAAAAACCGGUUUUUCGCCUGUUACUAGCAAAAAUUAAAAUCCUUAUAUCUCGAUCAAAUCUCAUGCUGACUCAAGGAAAUUUUCAGAAAAGGCUUAAAAGGUGCCAUAUGUUGUUGACCACGCCGAAAAAGUGAUCCAGCAGAACACUGAUGCUCGGAGGUUUUUCAGAAGUUUUUUAAAACCUUAAGCCAAUGCCCAGCUCACAUUCACCUUUUUCGUCUUCGAUUAUGUUUUAUGAGCUGUCCUGAGCGUUUUCUGAAAAUUUCCUUGCGUCAGCAUAAGAUUUGACCGAGAAUAACGGAGAAUAUAAGGAUUUUAAUUUUUGCUAGUAACAGGCGAAAAACCGGUUUUUCACAACAAUGCCUCUGGCGAAGUUAUAUUCAUUUCUACACAAAAACAAAUGUUGCUACUAUGCUCAGCGUAGUCGAUGACCUAUAGUCCAUGGUAUUUUGAGAUUCCCAGAGAUGUUUGCUCGGAGAUAGACACGUGCUCGGGGAAAGCGAGCCCUGCCCGAACGACGAUAGCUGGAGAGCCGGGACUUGCAUAAUUUUCUAGAGUAACGUUU